UUUAUUCUUAUAGCUUUAUUGGUAUUUAUUUUUGAAGAUGAAUAGAAUGGAUGAAGUCAAUAUAUCUAAAAAAACAGAAAAUAUUGCUUUAAAAUGUCUAAAAAAGAGUUUUGAAGAUCAGUUUGGGAGUGUUUGUAAGUUUUUUGAAGUAAAAAGUGAAGAAAAAAAAUUGUGUCAAGUGCCAAAAUUAUCAGAAAAAAUACAAGACAAUGUUAUAAAACAAAAUGGAAAUUCUGAGGAAUUUCCUGAAGUUAUUAAUUUUAUUGAGAAAAAGGCAAAAUCAAGUAAAAAUACAGAAUUUCAUUCUUUUAUGUCGUCUAAAUUGCCAAAUUUUUAUGAAAAAAGAAAGUCUAUUAAAGAAGUAGAUAAAAGGCAGGAUUUGGAUUAUAAACAAUUAAAAAAUGAUAUUGCUUUACAAAGAUUAUUAAGGGAAUGUCAUUUGUUAAAGAAGGGAUCAGAUAGUUCUACAUUUUCUCUUGAACCUGUUGGAAAACAAAGACAUAAAAUUAUUGAAAAUAGAAUUAAAUUAUUAGGUGGCAAAGAAAUUAAAGAAAAAAUUCCUUUCAAAAUAAGAUUAGGGAUGAAACUUAAAGCAAAAAUUAGAAGUGAUAUUGCUAAGAAAAAAGCUAAAGAAUCUGGUCUUGUUAGAGCACUUCCUGCACCUAAAUCUAAAGCGAAACAUAAACGAAAUUAUGGGUUAAAUGAAAUUAGGAUUGGGAAAUAUCAUAAAGGAAUGAUUACAUUAAGUGAGAAGGAUAUAAGGAAAACUAUAUCUACACCUGUACUUAAUAAAAAAAAUAAGAAGCGUGGAAAUAAUAGGAAAUUUGUUUAAUAUUAUAGGAGGGUUUUAUUGAUAUUUUUUGUAAUGUUUUUUGAUU